CGUGUCAAAUUGCGACUAUAUUAUCGGCCGAUAAAGUAUCGUUGAUCGUUAUAUGUCGAUAAAUUAAUAAUAAUUUAAAUAUAAUUAAAUUUUUUUAAAUAUAUAUAUUUUAUUUGUUAUAUUAAUAAAUAAAUUCUUUAAAUUGAACAAAUUAAGCUUUUUAUCAAACGUGAUUUGCAGUUGUGUCGACCACUACGGUCACAUUAAGGUGGAAUGGGAGACGUUGAGAAAGUAUAAAAGAGCACGGAGCGAUGCAACAGUCCGGCUUCUGAGGGCACUAUCAAAUUGGGAUUAUUGGUAUUGUUUUUCGCCUGAUUGACAAUACGAAUUAUCCUGCAAUGGCCCUCAGUCAAACCAGCGUGGUGAGUAAAGGAGAAAACUAUGGCAACUCCACAGAAAUAUGACUAUGAUAAUAAAACGUCUAAAACUAUACAACACUGUGAUAGAAGAUGUAAUAGCAGGAGUACGUGAAUCGUUUAUAGAUGAAGGUGUAGAUGAACAAGUACUAUUAGAACUUAAACAAAUAUGGGAAACGAAAUUAAUGUCAAGUAAAGCAGUGGAACUAAAUCCAGAACCACCAGAACCUCAAGUUCCUCAGCUAAACACACAUAAAUCUGUGCCUGGCAACAAAGGAAAUCAUUUCGUACAACAAACAUCUGUCACUAAUCCAGUGCCACAACAAGCGCAGCAACAACAGCAACAACAACCAACAUCGCAACAGUCACAAUCACAACAACAGCAACAACAUCAGCAGCCACAACAAUCACAACAACAACAACAGCAAACAUCAAGUACAACCUUACAACAUCCAAAUGCACCAGUACAACAAGUGGUGACUACUCCACCUGCAGUACUUGACAGACAAGUGCCAAUACAAAUUACUUUACCUCCACAACCUGGUGCACGUGAUUCUCAACAACGUGUAUUAACUAUACAAGUUCCUGCAUCUGCGAUUCAAAGUAAUCAACUUCAUACUAUCUUAACGGGUCCUGUAAUUAGUGCUGCAAUGGGCUUGCCAGCAGAUGUAGCUGGAACGUUAUUACAACAGCAUGUAAAUUCUACUCUUCAGGGUCAUCCUACAUUAUCAUCGAUUCAAGUUAAUCAACCCUUACAGGUUGUAACACAAAAUACAAAUAACGUUGUUACACAACGUUCUGUUCAAGGCCAACAAAAUAACAUAGCUCAAUUAGAUGGAGCUUUAGGAGCAUUAGGUGAUUCAUCUGAUGAAGAUGAAGAAGAGGAAGAAGAGGAUAAUGACGACGAUGACGAAGAUCUUGAUGAUAAGGAAGAAGAAGAAAAUGAUGAGGCGACUGCACGAGAGGAGGAACCAUUAAAUUCUGAAGAUGAUGUUACAGAUGAUGAUCCAGCUGAUUUAUUUGAUACAGAUAAUGUAGUUGUUUGUCAGUAUGAUAAAAUCACAAGGAGUAGAAAUAAAUGGAAAUUCUAUCUUAAGGAUGGCAUAAUGAACUUAAGUGGAAAAGAUUAUGUGUUUCAAAAAGCAAACGGAGAUGCUGAAUGGUAGAUUUGAAAAUAAUGUGAAUAUUGUGUUGUCUGAUUUUAUUUUUAACAAACUGUAUACAAGGGCAGCUCGAUAAUGUGUAUGCGUGAUGUUGCGUUUGAUGGACAACAUUAAGCUGUAGCAGUUUCUAUAAUGAGGCAGUAAACCACGUAAUAAUACUACUAUACAGAAAAGUAAAGUGAGAAAUUCUUUGGGAAAACAUCGGAAAAUAUAUAUAAUAUCUUCUGUAUUUUAGUAUCCCAUUAAUUGACAAAGUUUAUAUAAUGUGAUUUUUUUUUUUUAUUUUGUUCAUUUAAGAAAGCAUAAUUAAUUUUAACAAUGUCUUCUAUUGCUGAUUAUAAAUCCAUCAAAAUAAUAUAUUAAUUUACUAAUGGUAAUAUUCCUCAUAAAGAAAGUUACAACAGCUGUUCUUAUAUCGUUUUACUACACAAACAUUAUUGGUAAAACAGUAAUGUAUUUAGUGAAAUAAUUUAGUUUAUAUUAUUAGUUGUGUCAAUGAUCAUUGCAUCGAGAAUUUUAGUUAUAAAUAUUCUUGCUGCUUUAUGUCUUCAGGAUCUAUUAUUAUCAACUUUUACAUACAUACAAUAAUAAUUGUAAAUAAAGUAAAGGGAUGCUACUUAUAAAACAUAUGUGAUGCUUUUGAAAAUAAAUGUGUCUUAUAAUGUUAUUACAGUUAA